AAAACAGAGACAGAGAUGUCAACAUGGAUGACGGUGGAUGUCAGUUUCGCUGAGACAGAGUGGAUUCGUUUCGUUGUAUAAUCGCAAACAAAACAAAAAUACAAAUAACGAUAAAUUGGCAUAAAAAAAUUAUGAUUUUUAGAAAAGAGAAAUUUACAAAAGAAUACUCUAGUAUAAAACUGAUCAUAGAGUGUGCGAACGGUCCACGAAAAAUGGUCCACGAGCGAGUGAAUACGUAUUACGAUCGGAGAUUGGAGCAGUCAACAAAGAGUUGAGACAGAUUGGCGAUCUGUGUUUGGAAGUAGCCAAAUCUGAAUGAAUGUUCACUCAUUUGGGGUUAAGGCGAAAAAGAAUUUUUUAACCGCGAAUUCACGAGAGUGAGAAGCACUCGGCUACUGGUGGUGGUGGUGGUGGUGGUGGUGGUGUAUGGCGUUCAACAACGAAGAUACACACCGACAAUAAUCGUCGCGUAUCAUCACUUGCUGCAACAAAAACAAAUGAUGGAUGAUGUAUCCGAUAAAGUAUGUUUGCUCCUUAGCCAUGCGGAUGUUGAAAAAACGAGCGAUCCGUUCUGGUGAGAGUAUGAACUUCCCACCUUUCGAGAUGCGAGUCGGAAAGCAAAGGACACGGCACGCCUGUAGAUCCGAAAUGCCGGACUAGAUCGCUGGCUGUGGGGCAUCCCGUGGGAGAGUGCAAAUAUAGCAGUAGAGAGCGGUAGAAAUUAGAAAUAAUAAGUAACAAAUACAAAAUACAAAGGCUAAGAACAAGCAGAAAUCAAGGUAAACGCAUCUAUCGAAAAAUAGAGAGAGAGAGAGAGACAAAGUUAUCAACGGAUAUGAAAAUGAGAAUGCGAAAGAGCAGAAGCAAUAAAAAAGAAAAGAUAUUCGAUCGAGUCGGAUAAAAAGAUGGCGUAACGAUUAAGGGAAGAAGAAAGUAUUAGAUUGAGAGGAAAAAAAAGCAAAGGUGAAAUAAAAAUUUGGGUAGAGAAAAAUGGAUUGAGAGAGAUUCGGGGAGAAAGAUUGGAUUGAAUAAUAAUGAGUCACGCCCAGCAGCACGUUCUCGCAAGCGCGAUCGUACUUGCGUUGAUCGUUGUUUUUGGCAUCCAUGUCUUCCUCUUUCCAAUGUACACGUCGAGUCCUCCGGCUAGAAGAACGAAAAUAUUGGCCUACGAGCAAGCGCUCUGUCGGACGAAUUUAAAGAGCGUUAGAAUUCCUCUAGAAUGGAGAAAUCCGUGUCCGAAAUUCGGUAUUGUCUCCGCGGUACAGGGUGGUAGACUAGGAAAUCAAAUUUGGGAAUACGCAUCGGUUUGGGCGACUGCGAGAAGAACAGGACUGGAGCCUUUCAUGCCAAGAUGCAUACUAAAAACGUUGGAGGAACAUUUUGAAAAUUUGAGCAUUCCGCCGUUGAGUUAUAUCGGUAAAUGUACUCUGGACGUCAGUCAGGUGGUCAACUCGUUGGGACAGUGGAACAGCACGGACCAAAAUAUCAUUAUUCCAAGACACGCCGCAUAUUGGUCGUUGAUUCUUGUCUGGUUGGAGGACGUACGUCGUGAAUUCACUUUCAAGCCAAACUUGCGCGUAUACGCGGAAAUAAUGCUCCGUGGAAUAGCGGCACGCUUCGAUAUGAGCGAACCAACGUAUGUCGGUGUACACGUAAGAAGAACCGACUACGCCGAUUAUCUUUGGCAAAAAUUAAAAGUACGCCCAGCACCGAUACGCUAUUAUUUCGCCGCGAUGGAUUAUUUCAACGAAAAAUACAAGAAUGUUAUUUUCGUUGUUGCGAGCGACAACAUUGUCUGGUGUAAGUACAAUUUUCGUACCCGUCGUCACAGAAUAAGUUUUGUCUCGGAACUCGACGGACGUGGUCCUGGUAAGGAUCUUGCCGUUUUGUCGGCCUGUAAUCACAGUAUUAUCGAUUACGGGACGUACGGCUCGUUCGGUGCGAUUCUCGCAGCUGGCGAAACUGUUGUUUACAACGUAACAGCCUACUUUUCUACCCUCAUCGCUGAGGUAUUGCCCAAUUGGAGGAUCAUGGGUUAAGAUUCUUCAAUUCAUUUCCUUAUAACGGAUAUAUCGUAUAUAAUGAAAAAAUAUACUUUUACCGCGCGUCUUUUCGAUUGACCGAGAUAAACCGCAGAAUGUCCACAGAAUUUCUUCCCUCCCCCACCCCUGCGUUAUCCAAAAUAUCUAAACAUUUUCUCUCGACCCAUUAGUUCUCAAAAAAUAACACGAAAUAUAUAUCAUCCAAAGAGUAUUUAUAACGGUCUACUACUUAAACGUUGAACACGAAAUUAUGAGACAAGGUUAUAUAAUAGAGUUUUAUCGAGUCAUGUCCGAUCGAGGCUAAUGAAAAGCGAUCGAAUGUCAGAUCAUUUUUCAUCGUUGCUCCGAGAAUUUAUUUUAUACAAGAAAUAAAGUAAUCUCUGAUAAUUUUAUCAUUGACGGAAAAUUAUAAAUACAACAAGUUUGAAGAAGUAGUAGAGAAAGAGAGAGAGAGAGAGAGCAGAGCGGAGCAGAGCAACCAAACAAAUGAUGUUUACAACUGAACGAUGGACCAUAUUUCUCUACGAAAUUAAACACAAAAAACAUACAAACAAGCCAAAAAAACAAUGAAGAAUAAUAAAUAGUUAUUUUUUCUACGACUGUGAUUCGCAUUGCCGUGAUUGUGAAAGUUUUUGAGAGGUUUAUUAGUUCGACCGUUCCUUCUGAACGUAAUAUUGUGCUAAAGUUAUAACGAGAUUUAACAAAAAUCAUGCCGAGUCUGCCAAUGAUGAGCGUUUUGCGCGUUGCCUCAUUCAAGGCAGGUACGACUAUUAUUUUCUAGUUCAAUCACUUUUUAAUAAGAUGAGUGAAUAUAAUUUUAAAAUAUAAACAAAAUCAGAGAUAACCAUUUUUAAUAUUCUCGUAGUUUUACUUUCUGUGAACUUGAUAAAAUUAAACUUUUGCUCGAUGCCGCAGAAUAAAGGUCAUCUUAAUUUAGGGUGUUUUUUUUUUUUCUUUUUUUUUACAUACGUUUGAGAAGAAAUUCUAGGUAUCGAAUGAGAUGCGUAUUCUUCGCGGAGCAGGAAACGGCGGAAAUUUGUCCCCCCCCCCCCCCCCCCCCCCCAUUGCGUCGUUUGGUCCGGGAAAGACGAAUCUUUCGAAAAGGGUUGUAGAGAAAAUAAUGAAGAGUAUGAAACAAUGAUUAUAAAAAAUAUUUUGUACGCAUAAUUUAUUUUAUUCCUUGUCUGAAUUAACUGAAAAAUGAUAGUCAUACGAUGUCUUGAAAUCAGCGCGGGAAAAUCCACUUUUUAUAGAGUAUUAAAACGGAAGAUGAAGAAAGAGGAGAGGUGGAAAGAGGCAAAAAAUGUAGUGUGCGUAGCUGUAUAGCUUCGUAUGAAAGAGCCCGGUUAGGGUAAUGGUACGAAAAGUUAGUGUAUCGUCUCAUAUUUCAAACGAGUAGUAAUUUCAUUAGUCAGAGAUCAUUUCGUGCGCGCACAUGUCUAUAACAAAAAAAAUAAUAUGUAUCAAUGACAUCCUUUGAACGAAUAGACAAAAAACUUGUAACAAUUAUAUUCAUUGAUAAUGUUUCACGAUUUGCCGUGAUUCCAUCUGUGAUUAUCUUUCUUAUCGUGCCAAAAUUCCUAUAUAAGCAAUCUACAAAACAGAAUACAUGCAUCUGUACAUAUUCGUAUUGGAGUACGCAUGUUGAAUUUCAUUUGGAAAAUGAACAAAAAAAAAACUUGGAGAGCUAUAAAAGAUCUUUUUUCCUCUACUGCGUGAAAAGUUGACGAGAAUUGAGCUUGCUACAUUUGCCGUAUACCGCGAACCACAUAAAAGGUCAAACGAUUUGAGAUGACAAAAAAUGCGAUGAGCAAUGAUUUGAAUCGCAAAUUAGAGAGUAUGUAGAAAAAGUAUUUUAUACAAGUUCAGAGAUUUAAUAAGUGUUUUCAAAUGAAUAACCUUGUGACCUGACAUAUUCGACUUACGCCGGUAUUAAAAUGUGUAGUUUAUAGAUAAUAAAUUAUUGUUCGUCUAUAUCCAAAUAUUUAUAUAUCGAUAAUUGUAUAUGUAACGAUAAUUCGAUAUACGUGUGAAUAAUUUCAAGUCAACUUAAUCUGCAUUUUAUUGAUAUUUCCAACACCUAAUUUCGUAUUACACUUUUCCUGAUCAAGAUGAAUUUGAUUUAUUCUCCAUGAACCCAUCGUUCCGAAUCAAUUGGAAUAUAGAUGCCAUAAUAGGCUUGUUCCCAAAAUCAAUAUCAACUGCCCAUGAGUAAUAACGAAUAAGACACAUUUGAUUCAUGUGAUUUUUUUUUUUUUUUUUUUUUUCAUUCUCUGUGUUAAAAAAUGACAUUUGAUCUACGAGAAAAAUUAAACGUUGGUCAAGUUGACUUGAGAUCAUUUAUGCAUAUGUAAAAUUUGAAUUUGACGUAUUUCGUGCCUGUUCGUCGUGUUAAUAAGUCUUUGGCGGAGUCAAGUUGAGAUGAAGAAAAAAAAAAAUCCCUACAACCAUUUGGCGUUCGCGGUUACGGAAACGCUGAUUUUUCAAUAGGAUAAUGGAGAGAGAGAGAGAGAGAGAGAGAGAGAGAGAAAGAGAGAGAACAAGAAAUAAUAACAUCCGAUUGGAGCUCUUGUUCAAUUGGCAAACAAUCAAACGUAUGUGAUUCAUGGUUAUAAAUAACAUUAAAAAAAAAUAUACUGAUGGAAAAAUAGAAAUAUCAUAGAAUAUUCCGGGAAACCAUCGAUAAUCUCCGAUGCAGCGCGAGGAACGGGAAUGAGUCGUGUUGGAAUGAAAAAUCAUAAUUAUUCCGUCAUUGUUGCAAUAAAUGUUGUUUAUUAUUGAGAAAAGGAUAUGAAAAAUAGAUGUAUGUGUGUGUUCCUUUUUCAUCACGCGAUCGAGAACUGGUCCGGACUAUUGAUUGCUUAACAAAGAUUUUUAACAUCCUUGUUUACACAAGAUUUUCUUCUUGGCAGAAGAAUUUAAAAUAAUUUUUCAUUCAAACGUUGCCCAUCCUUCGUUAGAAAAAAAACAAAAGAAAAAUACGAAACACGCGUUUAAUUAGAAGGAAAAAAAAAAGUAAAAAUAAAAAAUUAAGACUAUAAUACAACUAUCAGGUACCAAUAUUAUCUAUUGUGGACAUUCCUCUGUGAUACAUUUGUCUAAUUUAUAGAAAUAAUCUCUGUCUGUUUCCGAGACUUGAUCGUCGUACAAAAUAAUAAAAUUAUAUGUGACUCGAGA